AUGGAGAGGGAGACGAUCGGCGGGAUGGUGUCUUUGUUCGACAAGGAGACGAACGAAGAGACAGAGGUUGCUUCGAGGGACAGCGAGAUACUGGUCGCACCGAUGAUCUGCGUGACCGCCGCCGGUCCAGGGAUGGGGACCGAUAUCGAGGCUCGUAACGCGAAGAAGUGCGUCCUCGUGGUUCGAGUCCCAUCUCAGACGGUGGCCUAUGGCUACGGCGACUCGAACUCUGGCUCGCUGAUCUACGUGGUGCAGCAGCCAUACGAGGCACGUUGUAAACAUCCACCGUCACAGGUUCUUCUAUUAGCACAAGCGGACUGCGCGAGCGAGAGCGACUCAGGAGACGACCAUGGUGUCCGAUUCCGCGGUAAGAUGGUCGUGAGUCUGACCUGUUGUGGUUAUGCGGGGAGUGACGGUGCGGAGACUCGGAGGGGGGUCGGAUUAGCGUCUGUGGACGAGUUAUGGCAGGAGAGCGAGAGCGGUAUCUGGACGAGCAGCGAUACUCAGGUGACUUCGGGUGAUCAGGAGAACGCGAGGGAUAGUAGUAGCCGCGGCCUCGUGGACGUCUGCGAUAAUAGUCAGGCGAGGGUGACCGAGACCUGGAGCGAGGACCUUUGCCAGCUGGUGGAAACGAGCGAGAACGAGGCCGAGGGGUGUAUACGGGUGGACGGGGACUAA